GAUCAGCAAAAUUUUUUGUGGUAUUGAUACAUCUAAAGCCUCAAAAAAAGCAGAGAAUAUGUCUGAAUCAAAAGAUGCCGAUGGUAUAUAUUGGUUAACAAUGGUUGAAUAUAUUUCUUGCAUGUCUAUAGAACUAAAAUUCAUGAAAGGUAGCAAUGGUACGGAAGUGUUCGUAGAAUCAGAAUCAUUGAGUGGCGACAAUGAUGCGGAAGAAUCAUUGAGUGGCGACAAUGAUGCGGAAGUAAAUGGCAAUAUUGCCAAAAGUAUAGCAAAAAAAGUUAACGAUCAUAAUAUGAAAGAAAUAACUGAUGAUA